UCGUCCAUCGCUUACCAUAUUGAGGGGUAAAAACAUUUUUGUAUCCUACAUUAAAAUCCCGCAGUACCAUGUCUAAAUCAAAAGUGGGAAUAAACAGAAUUUUAAAUUUUGGAGCCGGCCCAGGAAAAAUUCCUGUUGCGGUUUUAGCCGAAGUAAGAAAUGAAUUUCUCAACUUUGAAAAUACUGGAAUGAGUAUCACUGAAAUAAGUCAUAGAUCGAGCGAAUAUUCCAAAAUCAACAAUGAAGCCCAAAAUGCAGUAAAACAACUUUUGUCGGUACCCGACAACUACAAAAUCCUCUUCCUUCCGGGUGGCGGACAAGGAAUGUUUUCCGCAAUAGCAAUGAAUCUAAUGAACAGGACCGGCUCGGCCGAUUAUGUAGUUGCCGGUAUUUGGUCCGGAUUAGCGGCUAAAGAGGCAGCCAAGUACGGUACCGUCAAUCCAGUCUUCCCGAAACCCGGAAAGUUAGGGGAUAUACCUGACUCAAAAUCUUGGACUCUGAACCCGAAUGCUUCGUAUUUGUAUUACUGCGAUAAUGAAACUAUCGAAGGAAUUGAGUUUCCGUUCAUUCCGGAAACACGGGGAAGUGUGCCAAUUGUUGUUGAUAUGGCCUCAAAUAUUAUGACAAGAAAAUUUGAUGUUUCAAAGUUUGGUCUAAUCUUCGCACCCGUUCAAAAAAACUUGGGAACCGCUGGUGUAGUGUUGGCGAUAAUAAGAGACGAUUUGUUGGGAACCCCAAUGAAGAUUUGCCCGUCCGUUUUAAACUUCACAGAACUGGCAAAUACUAACUCCAUUCUAAAUACUCCGCCUAUAUUUCAGGUGUAUGUUACGGGGAAAAUUUUACAAUGGAUUAACAUACAAGGUGGCUUAAAGGAAAUGGAAAAACAAUGUUGCCAAAAAAGUCAGCUCUUGUAUAAUGCUAUAAAUCAAUCUAAUAAUUUUUAUGAGUGUCACGUGCCUGAAAAUUUCAGAAGUAGAAUAAAUGUGUCCUUUAAAAUAGGAGGUGGGAAUGAUAACUUAGAAGAAAAAUUUGUUCAAGAAGCUGAAGAACACCGUAUAUAUCAACUUAGGGGUCACCGUUUGGUGGGAGGUAUAAGAGUAUCUUUAUAUAAUGCUGUCUCAUACGAGGAUACAGAGACAUUAGUACAAUUUAUGAAAAAUUUUCAAGCGAAGUACCAAAAUUCAAUUGAAAGACACCUGUGACAUAAAGUUAAAGGUUGGAAUAUGCAUGAAAAGUAAAACAUUUUAUUAAUAACACUAUUCAACCAUUAGAAGCUGUGUAUUUGUAAGCCUCCUCUAAAUAAAA